GGACAGUCGUCAGGAUAGUCACAGUCAUAGUAGUAAGGAUUCUUGAUCCGCACGAUCCAACUGGAAAUACGUCACAUACACGAUAAAACGUGCAAUAUAAAUAUAAUCUAUGUAACAAACCUGCGUAUUUUUAUCGCGAUUAUUAAUCGAGUUUGCGUGCGCGUGUGUGCCGCGUGUGUAUUGUUGUUAGUAUUUUUAUUUUGUUCUGUUGUUUUGUUUUGUUUUGUUUUUCCCUUUAAAGAAGACUUAACAAAUGAUUAGUGCUUAAUACAUAUCAUGAGUUCGGUUUAAUCAAAAUUAACAAGUAUAAGUACAAGAUAAUUCAACUGUGUUGUGUAGCGUUUUGAAAUCAAGUUCAAAAACAUAAAGGGAAUGUCAUUGGUCGUUUCCGUCGAUUUUCUUUUAAAAUGAAAGGGCUACCGUUAAUUGUGAUCGAUUUGUUGAUAAUAUGGAAUGCUGUUUCGGGGACUCUUACCAAUGCUCAAGAAAAUGUUAACUACUAUAGUCAAUCACCAGGCAGCUACCGAUUCCAACAACUCCAUUAUUCUUCUCCAGUCAGGCGAUGGACCAAGCAAGGAUGGGAUAUCGGAGGAUCGAGAAGAGGGCUUCUCCUAAGGAGAGACACACAGGAUCAUCCACCUUCCUCUUAUUACACACAUGUUGUGAGAGAAUCGGAGGAUAGGGAUCCCCUGGCAACGUUCUCUGAGACUCUGGGUGCUUUGAAUACUGUCGGAAAUUAUAUCGUUAAUAUGACUCGGGGUGUAGAGUCAUCGGACAAUCCACCUAAGGAACUACCAUCAGCUUUGUACACAAUAUCGAAAAAUAUUCUUGGUAGAAAUGUCACCGACAGCAUUGCACCAUUAGUUCGUGGAGUUACAAUGCCCACAAGACUUGGAAGCUCCUCAACGACACACUUGGAACAAUCUAACGAAGAGCUUGUUAACAAAGACUCAUCUGCGAAUCCGUCUGAAUGUACAACCGCAGACGGUGCCGCUGGAAAAUGUCAGGAUUUGAGCAACUGUCCUCAACUACUUUUAGACCUUAAUAAACUCAGGCAAUCCCUGUGCUUCAAGAGUUUAUUUGUUCCCGGUGUCUGCUGUCCUCUAGGAAAUGGUGAAAAGCCAAGUACCGGCAGUACUAUCUAUCCCGCUACUGAGACUACCUCUCGACCACUGCGACCCUCUUAUCAACGACCUACCAGACCAUCGACUCCUAGGCCAAUCCCACUUCUUCCUGUAGCUCCUACAAAUACAGACGGAACCUCAGUUUCCACUACAUCCAGUAAUACUACUAGCCUGGAGAUCACAGAUACCAUUGACAAUAACUUGAUUCAAGAUGACGAUGAAUGUGGGGUAAGGAAUGCAGGAAAAUAUCGUGUCGUGGGUGGAGAAGAGGCGCUACCUGGUCGUUGGCCUUGGAUGGCGGCAAUAUUUUUGCAUGGGUCAAGGCGUACGGAAUUUUGGUGUGGAGGAUCUUUGGUUGGUCCACGACACAUUCUUACUGCAGCUCAUUGCACAAGGGAUCAACGUCAGCGACCGUUUGCGGCACGUCAAUUUACAGUUCGACUCGGUGACAUCGACCUCGAAAGGGACGACGAACCAUCCUCUCCUGAAACAUACGCGGUCAAAGAGAUUCGAGCACAUCCUAAAUUCUCCAGAGUUGGAUUCUACAACGACAUAGCCAUAUUAGAGCUCAACAAAGCGGUCAGAAAGACUCCUUACAUCACACCCCUAUGCCUGCCACCAGCACGGCUCCGAGGUGAACCGUUCGCAGGUGCCAGACCCACCGUAGUUGGCUGGGGCACCACUUAUUACGGUGGUAAGGAGAGUACGGUCCAACGUCAAGCUGUGCUACCAGUUUGGCGAAACGAAGAUUGCAACGCUGCCUACUUCCAACCGAUUACGAGCAAUUUUCUUUGUGCUGGAUAUAGUCAGGGUGGCAAGGAUGCAUGCCAAGGUGAUUCUGGUGGACCAUUAAUGCUACGAGCAGAAGGUCGCUGGAUGCAAGUUGGUAUUGUUUCUUUUGGAAAUAAAUGCGGAGAACCUGGAUAUCCAGGAGUUUAUACUCGCGUCACGGAGUAUAUCGAUUGGAUAAAAAACAAUAUUUAUUAGAUAUCAACGAAUCAAUCUCAUGUAAAUAAUAGGAUAAUUAGACAUUACUUCAUGUAGUAUUCAGAUAAAUACAGUUCGCUCCGAAAUUUU